AAUGUGUUGAGGAUGCAUUUUCACCCAAACGCUUUCCCACCCCCUCUUCUUUCCUCCUUCUCUGCACCCCCCGUCCUGUUCCUCCUCAUCGACGUCCCUCUCCUCCUCCUCCUCCUUACUCACUUGCCUCUCUCUUUUUCCUCUCUUCUAUCUCCCAUGUCAUUUGCACCCCCCACCCCGUCCUCCCUCCAUACUCAGCAUUUUUCUCGGCUGUGGGUGUGAUGUCUCCGCUGUAACGCUAAUCAGCUCUGGAGACGUCAGCAUUCUUUCAGUCCUCCUUCACCACCACCAGCACCCACCCUUUCUCCUCCUUUCUUACCUAGUCUGUCUUCAUCUUGCUAUCCUACCAACUCCUCACCCUCUUUUCUCCUCACUUUCUUAUCUUUUCCUCUCUUCUAGCUGUAUUUUACUCAUCUCCACCACUUCUCACCUCUUCUUCCAUCCCUGUCCCCAUGUCCCGUGUGUGUGUGUGUGUGUGUGUGUUGUGUCUCUGCACUGUAACCGUAAGCAGCUCUGCUCUUUAGUUGUCAGCGUUCUUUCGGUUGCUCCAUAAAAAAUACAGCCUGCCACAGCAAAAAAGCUGUCUGUUGUAGCAACAGUGACUGUGGCAUUGACCACACCGCAGCGACCACCCCGCAAGCAUUAUGGGAAGGACACCUCUGGCACUUUUGUAUUUGUGUGCGUGUGUGUGUCUGGGUGUGUACGCCCAAGAUGAAUGGCUAUGUCUUUGCUCAGCAGAUGAUCUUUAACCUGGGUGACUUACACAUGGCCUGAGCUCUCAGAAAACACACACACACACACAAACUAGUUUAUUUCAGUUUUAUGUUGUGGUGUAGGUCAGAUUUUAUGUUGUCUAACUUUGGUGAAAUAGGCCCCAAACUUAAUGUACUGUCUUGCUCUGUGUAUACUAACACCACUACUACCACUACUCUAGCUAUAACUACUAUGACUACUACUCAGAUUUUUAGGGCAUUUUUGCCUUUUAGUGGACAGGAAAUGAGGGGAAUAGAGAGAGGGGUAUGACAUGCAGCAAACUGUCCAAGAUCGGGGAGGUUGUGAUUAUGCCCCUUAACCAUUUGGCUACAAGGACGCCCUAAUAAUUAGCACAUUAAUCAAUAAUGAAAAUAAUCAUUAGUUGUAGCCAUAGCACAGAUACUAUCCUUUUCUGAACUCAUCAGUGUAACUUAGUUGGAUUUAGCUCAUGAUCAGAUCCAUCAGUUACUGUUAAUUUGUUCAUAGCCAAAUCUGGCACAUUUUGUAGUCUAAAAUUUUCUCAUCGUUACUAAACAAAAUGUACAAACCACAGACAGUGAUUGAUUAUUUCUGCAGAGGACAUGUAAUUAAAAGUAAGCCAUAAUAUAUGAAACUAAGACAUUUGCAGAUACUAAAAAUGAUUACGAAGGAGCUGGAUCUGUAUGGAUAUAGAUACUACAAUACCUUCUGUGCACCUGCAAUAUUUCCAUUUGCUAGUUGCUUUCAUCUAAGACAACUAAAAAUUCCCUAACAUUUUAAUAUGGUGUUGUCAAGUACGGAAGAAAACCUCUGAGCCAUGUACAGUAUGUUCAAUUUCCGCACGUAUCAAGCGUUGUUUAGCACUUUAAACACAACUACAGUUGCACGUUUGUGUACUUGCAGCCGACCGUUUUACGUGUGUGUUUUAUUGUGCCCCACUGGCAUGGCGGUAGGGGAAUGGGUGUGUGUGUGUGUAUGUGUGUGUGCGUGCGCAUGCCGGCAUGCUUUUUGUUUGUAUGUAGAUGGGGUUAGAGGGGGUUGGGUUUUGGGCACAGGGGAAAUAAACCAGCGCCUGGCAGGAAAACCGCCUCCUUUUUGCCCCCUCUGUUUUCCCUCCCCCCCUCUCUUCACCACACCCACCAGCCACCCUCAGUCUUCAUGUCUUUGAUCCAUCUAUUGUGCGAUGGUGCACCUCCAGCUGUGGGAGGCUGCAUCCUGACAAAAUGUAAGACUGCAGUGGUACAUGAGGAUGGAAGAUAUUAGUUUAUUGAGAAGAAGCUCUAUAUGAAAGACCAUUUAUAAUUGACUGACUUAAAGAGAGCUUGAAGUGCUGAUGUCAAAUGCUCUGAAUCAAGCAGUGCCAUUGCUCCAUCAUAGUAAACCUCGUAUGUGAGGAAAAGUGAAGUGUCACUCUUUUUUUCAUAUUCUUCAUCAUUUUAUUGAAUUUUUGACAGAAUUUUGAGUUGCUGUGCAUUUGACGUGCGUUGUGUGUGAUAACUUGUAUGUGCUUGUAGUGUACAUGUUUCUUUGAUCUACAGCUAUUUAUAACUGUAUGAUUUGUGGCAGCGCUUGCACACGCUCACGCACCCUCACAGACAGACAGGCAGAGGUGCGACGUGGGGGAGGCUCACUGGCAUGCUCAGUGCCGGGCCUUUCGACAGAAAAGAAUAAGAAUGAAACAAGAACAGACACGUUGCCUAAUGUCACUUGCAUUUCAUCACUUCCCUAAACAAGGAGCUUUUUAAAUUACCCAACUUGUGAAUGACUGAAGAAAUAUAACUUAUUUCCAAAUUUGCUUCUUACUUCAGAGAGUAUAAAUACAUAAAGGGAGACAACAGGCUGUCUUCAGCAAAUUGGUUUAACUAAACGUCUGAUUCAGCAGUAUCAGGUGUGGUGGUUUGGCUGAGAAGCAUGCCUUUUUAUGAUUUGAGGACAACCGCAUUUCACUGUCCAUUAGACAGUCAAUUACAUGUGAGCACGUUCUCUCGUUGACCCCCCCCCCCCUCGUGCCCUGUAGGCUUUACAUAGCCUGGAACUAUAUUUUGGGCAAACCCUCACUCAGGAGUUAGACAGUUGUAAGGGGUGCAGGAAACGGGGGGGGGGGUAAAAAGUGACAGAGGAGAGCAGAAAUUUGCACGGCAGUUGGGGGGGGGGGUGAGAGAGUGAGAUCAGGAAUCUGCUGAGUCAUCAUGACUGGUCUCAUGAUGAUCACUCAGCAGCAGCAACAAUAGCCGCACUUUAUCGAACACACACACACACACACACACACACAGGUCUUAGAGAUGAGAGCCAGACCAACUGCACCAUACAAAGCAUCUCAUUGAGAGCUUGUGGAGAUGCUCAUCUGUGGAGCUGUGCGCUCUAAGGACUGAUCUCAUCUUUGCACUUCCAGGCUCCCUCUUUGUUGACUUCUGAUCCACACCACCAUCCUUUUGUCUCUUGUUUCCACUUUGGUACAAAUGCAUAUACAUCAUUUUAUCUGGUUUGCUUUCAUUUUUAUCCCUAGUAGGUGUAGGUCUGUCUUUCUACUUCUCUCCAGUCUCUACGGGUAAGGUGUGUGUGUGUCUGUGUGUGUGUUACGGCUCUAACAGUUGGUUUUCCCCUGGAGUCCUUCCCACAAAUUUUACCACUUCCUCUUCUUUCACAUUCAUUACAUUCCUAUUGGCCUAAAGCCAACCAAUAAGAGUUCAACAACACAAAGGUAGUGGGCACUGUUAGUGUAACCACCAGGAAACAGGAAGUCAGGGAAAUUCUAAGAAAAGUUUGUGUGUGUCACUUUCACUCAUACACUGUGACACAGAUGCAUAAUCCUGUAACAUGCUCACACAGUGCUCCAACAGUAGAUUUCAAUGUGGUAUGUCUCCACUGGUCCAGGUCUGUUCAGAAGAGCAAGGCUCUUGUGGCAUGACGACGACUAACAAAGGAAAUAAAGCCUUGAAGGUGAAGCGUGAGCCGGGGGAGAAUGGCACCAGCCUCACAGACGAGGAGCUGGUGACCAUGUCAGUGCGGGAGCUGAAUCAGCACCUCAGAGGGCUCACCAAAGAAGAGAUCCUGCAACUGAAACAACGGCGGCGCACCCUGAAGAACCGGGGCUACGCCGCCAGCUGCCGGGUGAAGCGAGUGACCCAGAAGGAGGAGCUGGAGAAGCAGAAGGCCCAGCUGCAGCAGGAGGUGGACAAACUGGCCAAUGAGAAUGCUUCGAUGCGCGUUGAGCUGGACACUCUGAGGUCUAAGUACGAGGCGUUACAGACCUUCGCCAGGACUGUGGCACGGAGCCCCACUGUCGGGGUCGGGGUUAGGGCUGGAGGGGGAGGGGGAGGGGUGCCGUCAUCAGUCAUUGGUCCACUCAUACCAGGGAAGGUGGCAACAGCGACGAGCGUGAUCACAAUAGUGAAGUCAAAAACAGAUGCACGGUCUUGAGGGAGGGAAAGAUAGAUGAGGGUGUAUCGGGAUGGAGUUCAGCUGCAACAGAGUCAUUCUUCUUCUCUGCCGGCCACCUCUCCUCCACCUGCACUGACUUCAAACAGCUGGGCAGCCUCGAUCUCAUCGCCUCAGCAUGUUCCCGUCACCUGUAACAGAUCAGUGCAGGUGAAGGAAAGGAUGGAUGCAGAGGAAGAUUAUUGUGACUAAAAAGACGCAAACCCUUGGUCAGCACAUGAUCAUUUAACACAGGACAGAAAGAUAUACAGGGUUCCUACGGUCACUGAAAGCCUGGAGAAGUCAAAGAAUUUGAGAUUAGUUUUAUUCCAGGCCAGGGGAAAAAAAGAUUAAAAAAAAGUAAAUGGAAGGAAAUUUUGUUCAGUUGCCAUUUACUGUCAAAUCAAGUGCUCAGUGUCAAGUUUUACUGUUGGUAGAUCUACAUAUCUGCAAGUGCAUAAUAAUCCCGUCACACAUCUGCACACUAGAUUUGAAGUUGUCUUUUGCCUGAACCAAGAUGUUGAACAUUUAAAUUUGCUAAAGCAACAAACAUAUUCUAACACAUGUAUUACAUAUGUAAUAGAAUCAGAAGGACGGUAUUAAUGUGUUAGUUACAGGAAAGCCAUUGGAUUAGAUUGGCACAAACAGUGUUGGGUCCCUGAGUUCCAAAAGAAUAGAUUUCAUGUGACCUGCUGAUUUCAGUGGCUGCAGAGAAAUCCCAUCUUGCUCCACCUAGCCAAGAACUUCUUCAGAAAAGUACUAUAGAAAAAUAUAUAUUACACAAUGGUGGUAACUGUAUUUCUACUGUUUUGUACUGUGUUGUCAUUCACAUGAGGUCCAAAGUGUAUUCUCUGUGUGUCAAUUGUUAUAUAUCAGGAAUUCUGUGAAAUUCUGUGGCGCGUGUUCGUUUUGGUAUUGCUAUAUUUAGUUAGCUGUAUUUUUUCUACGGUCUCUUCACUUUCUAUGUCCAACUCUCUUUCUCUUACCUAUUCUUUCUCUGUCCUUCCAUUUUUCAAUUCCAACUGGUUUCCAAUUGUUACACACAGUACUUCCUGGAUCUAAUAGAAAUAGGGGGGGAAAGGCAAUUAAUAUAAAAAAAAAAAAAAAAAACACAACAUACUAUAGAGAAAAGGAGAUAGAGUUACUGAGGGCCACUGACCUUAACUCAGUUUGUAAGAAUUUUCAGGGAAAUGGUCGUUUGAACACCAGAGCUGAAUUAAGAUAACGUUGUCUUCUGUCUGUUUGAGUUCCUCUCAAAAGUAUAUUCAAGAAAAUUGGAAGGGCAA